CCGCCAACCAACGCCGACAACAUCGAGCUGUCUAAUAAUUCUGGAAAUAAACAAACCCCGUUGAAGUAUUCUUGCGAUCUGAACAAGAUAAAGUUAACAACAAUGUCUCUAAACGCUUAGUUGAUUGAAUGGGACUGUCAUAGUGACCUAAGAUUAUGUUAGCCUCGCAAGGCAACACCAGAGAUUAUGUUAGCCCAAAAAGACAGCUCCAAAGUGAACAUCGAAGUGAAAAGUGGAAAGCCCCACCCAGCGAAGUCGAGCAUGUCGACUGAAGUAUCAAUAGAGGAAGCGUUCUGCGGCAUGAUGACGUGUGCCAGGCUAGUGGGUCUCCACAUCUGGGCCAAGAACAAGCACGAUAAUUACGUCAUCUGUCCUUGGGGGCUCCUGCCACUGGUGCUGCUUGGCAGCUUCUGUCUGGUGGUGCUUGGAUGUCUCGGGUCAUGUUUCCUAUUUGCAACCAUGCCCUACUGGUACUUCGUCCUCUGCUUACCACACUUCUUUGCUCACAUCUUCUGUAUAUUAUGCUACGCCCAGACGCUCCGACACGCACGUCGCAUGGCCGAGUACCUCGAGGGCCUGAGACAACUUAGUCUGAAAAGGACUCGGCACACUCGCUUCCUGACGCUGGGCUCUAUCAUCUACCCAACAACUGAGGUGCUGGCUUCACUCUAUUUACUGCCAGGACCGAAGUUCAUUAUCUGCUUCAUCUCCCUCUGCAUCACUUCCAUCUUUCCCGCUGUGCUAGACGUCUAUAUAGGAGCCUUCAUACAAGCCAUCGCCAGGGGCUUUGACAAGCUAGUGGAGGAGGCGAGGACACGAGAGACCUGGAGCCCUGGAGAGGUCCACAGCGUAUACCAGCGCUGGCUGCGACUGCUUCAGUUGCUACACACACACAACCAGGUGUUCAGCCUGACGACGGAGGUGCGGGUGUUGCUGCUGAUGGUGGAGGCGCUGGCGUAUGUGUUCGUGGGGUGCAGCCUCGACACCCUUGAGGGCAACUGCACCACCGUCCUCGCCCUGGGCGCCUUCCAGCUCUCAGAGGUCAUCAUCCGUCUCCACAGCCUCUGCAUGCUGGGACAUGGCCUCGCCUCUGCUGGCGAAGAGCUGAGGACGGUGCUGGCGGACGCUGAGUACGGGUGUCCGUCGGGGUCCCCGCAGGGCCGCGCCCUCACCCGUCUCGUGGCCAGACUAGAGGGUCGCCCCCCACGCGUCCUUAUUUGGGGCAUGGACAGCCUGACUGCGGGAACGUUGGUGCAGGUGUUCUGGAUGGUUAUCUCUUACCUGGUGGUGGUGAAGCAGCUCAGUCCCGUCAGCGGGCAGCGGCCCUUGGCGCCCGACCUCAGUCUCACAGAUUACGAUCACUGCUUCUCCGAGAAUUCUUCGACGACUCACCAUUCUCCUUCGCCUCCCGCUGGCCUAAUGAGAUUCUUACCCGGCCUACGAUGA